AAUAUGGCGUCCCUGGUGUACUACGCGCCACCUUUUCGACGAAUCAGAAUCGAGCCUCGCGCUGCUCCCAGCAGCCAAUCAACGCUCGCCUGACUCUUCUUGAAAACAUGUCGCCCAUGAAGCUGUGUGUUCCAGGUGAAAGGCUUUGCAGCGUGGAGGACUGCAUCCCCGGCACAGGCACGUAUCCAAGACACGGCUCUAUUUUUGCAUCGCUUGCAGGAUACGUGCUCAGGAGGAACGAAGGCGAGGAGUUACCGAUCAUCUCUGUAGUUAGAGAGACAGAAGCACAGCUAUUGCCUGAUGUCGGAGCCAUCGUCACCUGUAAGGUGACGAGCAUCAACCCACGCUUUGCCAAAGUGCACAUCCUCUACGUGGGAUCUACUCCUCUCAAAGACCGGUUCAGAGGCACUAUCAGGAAAGAAGAUGUGAGAGCGACAGAGAAAGAUAAGGUGGAGACGUAUAAAAGCUUCAGGCCCGGUGACAUCGUCCUCGCCAAAGUUAUCUCGCUGGGUGACGUGCAGUCGAAUUAUCUGCUGACUACGGCGGAGAACGAACUGGGCGUGGUCGUGGCCCACAGCGAGGCGGGGGUACAGAUGGUCCCCAUCAGCUGGUGUGAAAUGCAGUGUCCUCGAACGCACAACAAAGAGUUCCGCAAGGUGGCGCGAGUGCAGCCGGAGUACCUGCAGGCGUAAGCUCCGCCCCCAACGCCAACCCUUCCCCCGGAACACACAGCUUCAUACACGUCACACCAAUCCAUUAUCAGACGCCUGCGUGACCCGAACGCCAUCCGAGCCAAACUUCUCCGAGGAACAAACUGGAGAGAAACGAAACCUGAUUCUCCUUUAAUGGGAGAUUUUUUUGAACUAACACUUUUUCUUCUUAAAUCUGUAACCCUGUGGUGUUUUUAUGCCUCUGUGAUGCACAAGGAGCACAAGUUCGUCUUUUUUUUAUAUUUCUUUAUUCUUCUAUUCCUAAUUUUUUCAUUUCUGUACAUGGAGAAAUUAUGGAUAUUUACAGCAGUCCAAAUAAAGUGAGAAAAAAAAAAAAGAGAAAGAUGAGUGGAUGAUGUCGUUCUUUUAAAGUUGAGCAUGAUGGAGGUUUCAUGUCUGACGCUUUAGAGAAGAAAUACAGAAAAGGGGAAUGACACGUUUCUAUCUCUCUCUCACACACACACACACACACACACACACACACACAGGAGCU